AAACUUCUCUACUCACUCACUCUCACUCAUUUCAGUGAAAAGGAACACUUCGGGCUUCAUCCACAACCCUGUCUUGGACAAAUAACAACUCAAGAAUGCAGUCUCUGUUUGUGCUGCUGACUCUGGCCCUGUGUGGCACUGGGCUCUGUAACCUCCAUGAGCUGCAGACUGACUUUGGCCUGCGGGUGUUCUCUGAGGCAGCGCGGUCCUCCCCUGACCAGAACCUGGCCCUCUCUCCCUACGGCAUCACCUCUGUCCUGGGCAUGGCCCAACUCGGAGCUUAUGGCAACACACUCAACACACUAACUGCACACAUGGGCUACUCUUUGCAAGAGCGUGGCAUACCCCGUCAACAGCGGAUGCUCCAGAGGGACUUGGCCAGUGAGGAGGGUGUAGAGCUGGCCAGUGGAGUUAUGGUGGACAGGAAGCUCUUCCUGGAGAAGAGCUUUCGCCGGGGGCUGGCCAAAGGCUUCCAGGCCAUGCCCCAUCAGCUGGAUUUCAGCCAGCCCGAAGUUGCCCUGAAGAUCAUCAAUGCAUGGGUGUCUGAUCACACAGCUGGUAUGAUUCCCCAGUUCCUUCCCAGUGGAGCGUUUGGUGAUCAGACGCGGCUGGUCCUGCUCAAUGCCAUGCACUUUCAUGGGCUUUGGAAGGCACCAUUUGACCCCAAGAUGACCCAACACAUGUUAUUCCAUGGAGCCAAUGGCAGCACAGUGUCAGUACCGAUGAUGAGGAGCACACAGAAGUUUAACUAUGGUGACUUUGUAACCCCAGAUGGCGUCGACUAUGACGUGAUUGAAGUUCCUUAUGAGGGAGAUUCUUUGAGUAUGCUUCUGGUGUCUCCGUUUGAGCGGGACGCCCCUCUGUCUGCCCUGCUGGGAGAGCUGCGCAGCCACAGGCUACAAGAAUGGAAGCAGGAAAUGAGGAAGGUCAACAGACAACUAGCCCUGCCCAGGUUUGCCAUUGAUGCAGAGUUGGACCUGAAAUCCACCCUUAGCCGGAUGGGCUUAGGAGACAUCUUCAGCCAAACCAAAGCGGACUUCUCCCGCAUCACCACUGAGGAACCACUGUGUGUGUCCAAGGUGCUUCAAAGAGUGAAACUAGAGGUGAAUGAGGAAGGCACAAAAGGUUCCUCUGCCACAGCUGCUAUUAUCUUUUCACGGAUGGCAGUUGAGGAGAUUACUCUGGACCGGCCAUUUCUCUUUCUCAUUAAACACAAGCACACUGGUGCUGUAUUAUUCAUGGGCCAAGUGAACCAGCCACAGGAACACUAGAUGACCAAGGCUUUGGGCCACCAUCCAGACUUAAGCAUGAGGACCAAGCAUGCAUUCUACCCAUUGGCAGAGACAUCUGUCAAUCAGUUUACUACUGAGAUUUUAAAGACAUAACAGAGAACACCUCACACAUAGUCCUACCAAAUCCAAGGGGAACCUUUACAUUUUGAAAUGGAGGAAGUGUUUUACUAGUUUAUAGUGGAAACAACUAGGAUCAGUAAAAACUAGGCCUACUAAAGGUCACACUUAGAUAAAGAGAAACCAGUUGUUAACUAAGUUCAGUUUUGUGGUUGCAUAUAGAAUUAAUCCACAAUGCAAUAUGAUAUCAUUGAACAACAUUUACCCUUGCAAGCAUUGGUAACAUAAAAUGGGUGUGAAACAUCCAAGUUUGGGAAUGAAACAGGAUUACUUUUAGGAUGUAUGUAUUUGAUGUUUAUUUUAAAAAUGCUUAAUAUAAAUAUGUAUUUGUGCAAAUUGUAUUUUUACACUAUUUAUAAUAAAUUCUAUUUUUGAAAAAAAAAAAAAAAA